AUGGGACGCCAAGCUGAACAGAUAUUUAACACGUUCACGUUCCCUGCUCCCGUCGAAGGUAACGAUCCUAGGUACAACUUUGACACUGUAUUAGAGAAUUUCGACGCUCACUUUGUCCCCAAGCGGAAUCUUAUCCACGAAAGAGCAAAGUUUCAUGCACGAGCACAAAACAAUAAGGAGACAAUAGAAGAAUAUGUUAGAGCCCUGUACAAGCUUUCAGAACAUGAAGACUUUAAGGACCGAGAUGAAACCAUAAGGGAUAGACUCGUCCUAGGAGUACUGGACAAUGAACUGUCACAGCCCUUUCAACUCGAGGCAACUCUUACUUUGAAAUCAGCCAUCGAAAGAGUACGCCAUUUCAAGCUCGUAAAGGGUCAGGUCAGCAGCCAACGUCAGCUAGGUGCAGCAGUCACAGUAGAUGCAGUGUGCUACGGCCAGAGGGGAUAUUCGUCGCCUGCUCACCCCAGGGGUGCUGUUGACAAAGACUCGGACAGUAGUGUCGUUACCGAUGUAAACUUCAGUGAAGUUAGCGAGCCACCACGGCCCGUUACACUGAACCUUGGAGGGAGAGCUACAUCCUUCAAGAUAGACACAGGGGCCAAUGUUUCGAUAAUGUCGAAGGCCGACUACAACCGUCUCAGUCCUCGUCCAAAGCUGAAAACAACGUCUGCAGUUCUCCGCAGUCCUGGUGGAGUCAUAAGGAGCGUGGGAGAAUUUAUCGCAACUACGCAGCAUAACAAUCGCAACUUUGCGUUCCGUGUUUUCAUCCUUAACAACGACACCGACUGCCUCCUCAGUUGCGACACCGCAGUUUGUUUGGGACUGAUUUCUCAAGACAGAAUUGACUCUGCCAACCUCGUGUUCGGCGAUGUGGGACCUAAACCUAUACGCUGCGAGCCAGUGAAAAUCAUCUUGAAAGAAGAUGCACAGCCAUACUCCGUGAACGUCGCACGUCGGAUUCCCAUUCCACUCAUGGACGAAGUCAAAGCUGAACUAGACCGCAUGGAAGCCGCAGGUGUCAUUGAGAAGAUCAGCGCUCCAACUGACUGGUGCGCGCCCAUGGUCCCGGUCAGAAAAAGGUCUGGUAGCGUUAGAAUCUGCACAGACCUGAAAAAGCUCAACCUGUCGGUGAAGCGUGAACGAUUCAUGCUGCCCACCAUAGACGACAUCUUGUACAAACUCAGCGGUUCAAACAAGUUCAGCAAGCUUGAUGCAACUUCUUCCUUUUGGCAGUUGGCCCUGGACGACGACUCCGCGAAGCUGACUACUUUCAUUACCCUAUUCCGUCGGGACUUCUACAAACGUCUCUGCUUUGGAAUCACCUCUGCACCUGAGAUAUUUCAGCGCACAAUGCAAGACAUUCUAGCGGGCAUAGACGGUGUUGAGUGCUUUAUAGACGAUAUCCUCCUGCACACGGAUGGUGAGGAGAAACAUGAUAAACUGAAGAAGAAAGUCUUCCAUCGGCUAAAAGAGCAUGGUGUCAAGUUGAACAAAUCCAAGUGCAAGUUUGACAGGGACGAAAUCAAUUUUCUUGGCCACAUAUUAGCGGGAAGGGUGUAA